AUGACUGCAAUCGAGCACGUAACCACCGAGGGAAUGGUCAACGCCGGGAUUAAAACUGCUCUCUCGACCACGGAUAGUGAUCAUAUCGAAGAUGCUCAGUCUCCGGAGAAGAGAGAGAUUUUCGAUAACGGCGACUCGGAAGACCCUCUGGAUCCUCGUAACUGGCCUCAAUGGAAGAAAGAUGUCAAUCUGGCAUUAAUUUCCUUUCAUGCUCUCAUGACUAACUUUAUCGGAGCUGGUAUCAUCCCAGUAUACCUGACAUUUGCUCAGAUGUUCAAUCUUUCCGUGCAAAGCAUCAGCUACUUGACUUCUAUCCACAUUUUGUUUACCGGACUCGUCCCUUUUGUUCUUGUGCCAUGGUCGAAUCGAUUCGGUCGUCGACCGGUAUGGCUUGCUUCCACCUUGCUCACGGCCGUCUGUAACAUUGGGUGUGCCAAAAGCUCCAACUACGCGGAAAUGAUGGUCUGUCGAAUCCUCGGAAGUGUCUUUCUCAGCUCCCCGAUUGCUCUCGGUCCACCAGUCGUGGUAGAAAUGUAUCAUGAGCAUGAACGCGGCAUUAAAAUUAGUAUUUGGACUGCCAUCGUCACCCUCGGCCCACCCCUCGGUCCCUUCGUCAUGGGGUUCGUCGCUCAAAGAGCAGGGUGGGAAUGGAUUUACUGGAUUUCCGCCAUCACCAGCGGGGUAGAAUUCGUCCUGUAUGCAAUUUUCAGCCCGGAAACUCGCUACAUCAGACAGCCAGGUUCCUCCUUUGGCAGUGAUAAGAAACCUACCACAAAACAAGAAUACUUUUCCUUCCACCGCAUCGAUCCUACCCCGAUGACAGUCGCGGAAUUCAUCCACCCUUUCAAAAUGGUCAAGUACAUGACCAUUCUCAUUCCAAUCUAUGCGCAUACAUCAAUCUUCAAUCUUUCUGCGGCUAUGUUAACCGUUGAAAUCCCUCAACUAUUCGCGAUACGGUUCGGAUUCAAUGCUCAGCAAAUCGGAUUACAGUUUAUAGGCAUCAUUGUCGGAACGAUGGUGGGAGAGGUAUUUAACGCUGUUGUGUUGAGCUGGUUACAUCGAAGAGUUCAACAGCGUCAGCUUCAGCAGGGGGAUAGCAGAAAGAAAGCAGCUAAUCCUACUGAGUAUCUGUUUUCCAGCUACUUGGGAUUCUGCUGCAUGAUUGCAGGCUUGGUAAUUUUCUGCAUCUUGCUGGGAAACACAAAGCCCAUGCAUUAUAACGUUGGUCCGAUUAUUGGUAUCGGAAUUGCGGCAUUCGGGAAUCAAAUCGUUACGAGCUUUUUGAUCAACUAUAUAAUCCAGAUGCAUACCGAACAUGCCGCAUCCAUCUCGAUUAUAUUGGGCUUUAUUCGACAGACAUGGUGCUUCAUAGGUCCGUUUUGGUUCCCGCCAAUGUUUGAGAACCUGGGAUUCGAAGGCUCGGCGGGAUUAUUGGUUGGUUUGGUGGUCGCUAGUGUUUUGCCGUUGAUCUGGAUGCAUUGGGUGUAUGGGCGUAGAUGA